AUGGCAGGCUCGCGAUCUGCCGGCCAGCGAAACCGAAGACGAGACACAACUUCGCGGGCCGUAGACUUCUUGAAUAACAUCCAUUCUCCCACCGAUCGGGUCAGCCACAGCUCCCCCGUUCGGCCUCGACGCUCCUCACGCCACCAAACAGAGCGGACGAAACAAGGCCCGCAAAGUGAUGGGAUUCUAGGGAGUCCUCAAUCUUCAGAGGAGGGCAGAUCAGCUGUACCCAAACCUGUUCUGCAGAGUGAACCGGUCACCCCGGGGGAGAAUGAAAAUACACAGAGAGGCUCUUGGGAUGAGAAACCCCCGAGGUCGCAGCCGAAUAUACAUCCCGUUAUAGAGGUUCAAAUAGGGCGCGAGUCAUCUCAUGGAAGUUCCGAUGAUAACUCCGAUCAGGGCUCUGGUGAGGACUCCGAAUUGGAGGAUCCUAGCGAGGUAGCGGGCCGUAAGGCUCGACCCGGAAACACCAAAGAAGAGCUCAAAGAGAUUGAAAUCAAUCAUGAAGAUAGACUGGCUGAACUAUCUCUAACAAGGAAGCCAGAUAAGAGUUUCAGUUUUAGCGAAGAUGAUGACUCGGAAAAUGAUUCCGAAGACAUCUUUCAUGAUAGCUCCCACAAGCAAGAGGGAAAUCCCAGCCUCCCAGAUGCAAGCACCCAAGAUCGCUACGAAGAAGUCAAUCCUACCCGUGUCAUCUUAUUUCCUUCGGAUUCUGAUGAGGACGAUGACGAACGAGACGCUAGGGAAUUUUCUCCUUCGCAGCAACUGCAGCAGGAGCAAGAGAUGAAUGCAAGUGCCACAGAUGGAACAAAGGAUGCGGCUACGCUGGAACUGGAGCCAGAGCCAAACGUGGAUGGCGAGCCAGAAGAUGCGGCUGACGAAUCAGAAUACUCUCCCUCGAAGGAGGAUUCGGCCUCGGAGGGAUCGCCAGCUGCGUCUGAUUUAUUCAGGUAUACUCCCGAGGGCAGUGAGGACGGUUCAUCUCCAGCGGCAUCUCCGAAGGACAGGUCGCGGCCGGGGCAUAAAACACCUGUAGUUGAGAUACCUGCUCAGCAAAGAACAUCAUCUAUCUCGUCACGCUUGCAAGACCACCACAAUAGCACCGACGACGGGAGCUCAAGUUUUGCUUCUGCGAGGUCCACAGAGACGUCCCGUCACGAGGGAGAGAGCUCAUGGUUCACGGAAGCCAAAAUGCUCGGUGGACAGAAGAAAAAUUGGGAGAUCUUAGUAUCUGAAACGCUUGCCGCUUCUGAACUUGUCAAACCAUCCAGGGCUCACUAUUUCCAAAAGAUCGAGACCUUGAUGAUGUCCUUGCGUAAGGAAUAUGCCGGAGUACUCUGCAGUUUGGAAAAACAACGUCAACCCUCACAGGAGACCCGAAAAAAGUGCGAAAGGCUUCGCCGCUCUCUUGACGAUGAAGGAGAUAAACUCCGUGAAAUGAUUUAUUACCGCGCGGCGAGGCGGGACGAACAGCAUAAGUCGCUUGGUGGUGAAUUGGCGGAGGAAUUUGAGGCGCGCGUAUACUACCCCUUGGUGCGGCUAAUUCUUCAAUGUUUCAAGGCAUACCGCCGCAGUGGCAUGCAUCAGCGUUUUCAAUGGCCCUACGACCAUCUUCUCCAAAUCAUGAAGCUGCUACAGAAGUUUUGUACGCGCAGCAACGCCCAGCAAGCCAGGGGGUACGUUGCAUUCCGAUGCCGAGGUUGGUCUCUUAUCAGCAUCCUCAACAAUUUGAUUGAAGCUCUGGAGACGGGUGCACUGAGGGGUCACGUUCCCACCGCUGCGUCGGGUCAGAGAGAAUGGACGGAUGACGAGGGAUAUGCUCUUUUGGAAGGGCUAAAACGCUGGCAAGGUCCAGAGCGCUAUCAUCAAAUAUUAGAACAAUUCCCAAGUCAAUUAGGGGGGCGAACGAUAGGAGAGCUACGGGCCAAGGCGCAGCAGAUCCACGACACAUGGGUUUCUCAUUACGAAAAAACAGCGACGACACGAGAGCAACGACGGGAAUGGCAGUGGCUGAUGGAGGUUUGA